CUCUACUGAAUCACACUCACUCUUAAACACAACACAACAUUCCUCUAAUUUCUUAAUCCUUUUGUUCUUCUUUUCUUUGUGAUAUAAACAAAAAAUGAUGCAAACACAUAACUCCCUCACACUCCAUGCUUUCUUCAUGAUCUUGUUCAUGUCACCGACGUUUCCUUCAUCCGCAACCGCGGCAAGACCACCGCAAGAUCUAAUCCGUUCAUCAUGCGCACAAGCAAGAUACCCAACUCUCUGCGUCCAAACCCUAACCAACCAAGUAGGUCUCACAACAAAGCCAUUAGACCUAGCUCAAGCCUCCGUCAAAGCCAGUAUCACUCACACUCUCACCCUUUCCGUUUACCUCAAGAAAACCCUAAAAUCCAAUAUGGUAGCAGGGUCCACAACCACUUCUAGAACUCGAGUUGCUUUGAGGGACUGCGUUACUCAAAUUUCAGACUCGGUUCUUCAGUUAAACCAAACGUUGAACGAGUUAAAACAUCUUCGCAUGGGAACGUUUGAGUGGCAAAUGAGUAACGCUCAAACAUGGGCCAGCACUGCUUUUACCAACGGUAACUCUUGUAUUAACGGUUUGAACAGAAGCGAUGCUGAAAAGAAGGUGAAGUUGGAGGUGAAAAGAAAAGUUACCGAUGCAUCUAUGUUUAUAAGUAACGCUCUCUACUUGAUCAAUCGUCUUGGGGAAAGCAUGAAUCAAAAGCCUCACUCCAAUUCCAAUAACUGAUGCAUGCAUGCAUGCAUAGUCAAGUUUCUGAUUUUGUGUUGUUCUUGUAUCGUUGACUAUGUUGACAUAACUUAGUGUGUAUGAAAAAGUUUUACUAGCUGUAGAUUUGUAGUGUAAGUUUUUGUUUUGUAUUUCUGUUUUUGCUGUGUGCAAAAGACAAGAUGCAAAUCAAUGUUUUUGUAUGCUGUUUUUUAUAUGUUGGCUUAGCUAAUGUUAAAUAUUUUGAUUUCUUAUAAA